AUGACGGAUUCACUCGCCGACAAAGGCUUGAAGGCGGACCAAAAGGUUCAGCAGGGAUAUUCACCCCAAGAUGCGGCGACCGCUGGAGAUUCGGCGUUUCGUUUGGAUCCCGAGAAGGAAAAGGCUUUGAUUCGGAAAAUUGAUUUGCACAUUGUGCCGUUUCUCGUCGUUUUAUACCUGUUCAGCUUCUUAGAUCGAGUGAACAUCGGAAAUGCGCGACUAUAUGGGUUGGAGGAGGACUUGGGCCUCCAUGGAGAUCAAUUUCAGAUUGCGGUGUCUAUUCUGUUCGUGCCUUACUGUCUCCUCGAAGUCCCGUCAAAUUUGGUCCUCAGGAAGCUUACAGCAUCUCGAUAUAUCGCGUUUAUCACGGGGGCUUGGGGAAUUAUAGCCACGUUGACCGGCAUCACGCAGAAUUUUGCCGGCCUUAUAGUAUGCCGCAUUUUCCUCGGAAUUAUCGAGGCAGGUCUAUUUCCUGGCUUGGUCGCGUACAUGACCUUAUUCUACGGAAAACGGGAGAUCGCGCUUAGAGUAGGGUAUUUGUUUAGCGCUGCGGCGCUUGCUGGUGCAUGCGGCGGAUUACUGGCCUAUGCUAUUGGCCACAUGGACGGAAUUGCGGGCCAGAGAGGCUGGAGAUGGAUUAUGAUAAUAGAAGGGCUACCAUCCGUUCUGCUGGGUGUUUUAACCUGGUUUGGUCUAGCAGACGAUCCGGAUACGGCGUAUUACCUCAACGACAAAGAGAAGGCUCUCAUGAAGGCACGCCGGAGUCGUGAGAUCGGACAAACCGACUCCGCACAGCAAUUUCAUAUGAAGGACGCGAAAGAGGGCGCCAGAGAUUGGACGGUUCUACUUUUUUGCUUGGGACAAUUUGGUGUCGAUGCUGUUUUAUACGGAUACAGCACAUUCUUGCCCACUAUCAUUCGCGAUAUCAAUGAAUGGUCGGCGCCGCAAGUCCAGGCUCUAACUAUUCCCUGCUAUGCUGUUGGGGCCAUCACUUACUUGGUUGUCGCCUGGUUCAGCGACAGAACACAAAAGCGCGGAAUAUUUACUGUAAUUUUCUGCGGGGUCGCAAUUGUUGGCUAUGGUGUAUUGAUUUCAGAUGCUAGCGCAGGAGUGCAUUACUUUGGAUGUUUCUUGGUGGCCGUAGGCCUCUACGUCUGUGUCGGCUUGCCACUUGCUUGGCUGCCGACAAAUCUGCCGCGAUUUGGUAAACGAGCAUUCGCCAGCGGCCUUCAACUUACGCUUGGAAACGUUGCUGGAAUCGUCACACCGUUCCUAUAUCCGACUCGCCACUCCCCAAGAUAUGUGAUGGGACACGCAGUCACACUCUCCCUUACCGCGUUUUCUGCCUGCAUAUAUGCUUUUAUGUGGUAUUGGUAUAAGAGAGCCAAUAAACUCAGAGAACAGGGCAAAGAGGAUGGCAAGAUCGAGGGGAUGACCGAGGAGGAGAUUCAGGAAAUGGGAGAUCGGAAUCCUCGGUUCCGCUUCACGACUUAA